GAGGAGGAGGAGGAGGAGGAGGAGGAGGAGGAGGAGGAGGAGGAGGAGGAGGUGGAGGAGGAGGAGGAGGAGGAGGAGGAGGAGGAGGAGGAGGAGGAGGAGGAGGAGGAGGAGGAGGAGGAGGAGGAGGAGGAGGUGGAGGAGGAGGAGGAGGAGGAGGAGGAGGAGGAGGAGGAGGAGGAGGAGGAGGAGGAAGAGGAGGAGGAGGAGGAGGAGGAGGAGGAAGAGGAGGAGGAGGAGGAGGAGGAGGAGGAGGAGGAGGAGGAGGAAGAGGAGGAGGAGAAGGAGGAGGAGGAGGAGGAGGAGGAGGAGGAGGAGGAGGAGGAGGAGGAGGAGGAGGAGGAGGAGGAGGAAGAGGAGGAGACGAGAUGUUCACCAGAGGAGGAGGAGGAGGAGGAGGAGGAGGAGGAGGAGGAGGAGGAGGAGGAGGAGGAGGAGGAGGAGGAGGAGGUGGAGGAGGAGGAGGAGGAGGAGGAGGAGGAGGAGGAGGAGGAGGAGGAGGAGGAGGAGGAGGAGGAGGAGGAGGAGGAGGAGGAGGAGGAAGAGGAGGAGGAGGAGGAGGAGGAGGAGGAGGAGGAGGAGGAGGAGGAGGAGGAGGAGGAAGAGGAGGAGGAGGAGGAAGAGGAGGAGGAGGUCGGCCUCAGCUCAGCGCCGGGGGUCGCCCCUGCCCGUCAGCCGCCGCCGCCGCCGCUCCUCGGGCUGCCAGGGGCGGGAGGGAUGUAA